GUGAAAUACAGUAAGAGUGAGAUGUUAGUUUUAAACUAUCAAAGGAUAUUUCAAAAGCUUGAGUCGUAGUGAUCACAGAUACUCUUCAUAAAUAAUGGAGUUCCCGAAUUUGGGAGAACACUGUUCGGAGAAUAGUUGCAAGCGAUUGGAUUUUUUACCACUGAAAUGUGAUGCAUGCUCUGCAAUCUUUUGUACUCAACACAUAUCAUACACCAGCCAUAGCUGUCCAAGUGCCCACCAAAAAGACGUUCAAGUUCCAGUGUGCCCCCUUUGUAAUGUACCAGUACCAACAAAACGGGGUGAUCCUCCAGACAUAGCAGUCGGUGAACAUAUCGAUAAUGAAUGCCAGUUGGAUUUAAGAAAACCUGGCACCAAAAUCUUUUCCAAUAGAUGUUCCUCCAAAGGCUGCAAGAUUAAGGAGAUAGUGCAAGUUCGUUGUUCGGAUUGUGGUCAGAAUUUUUGCUUGAAGCAUAGGCAUCCAACCGAUCACGCGUGUAUAGGCCAGGAAGAAGCGACUAGAAGAAGAAGACUUGAGAAUUUAGGAAAUAACGUGAACGCAAAUAGGCGAAACGGUGAUAUUAUGAAGAACUAUCAAGGCAGUAUGAGUGAAGAUGAAGCUCUAGCAAGGGCUCUUCAGGCUUCCAUGCUAGAUGAAGAUUCAGCCAGGCGGCGAACUGUCGAGGCUGUGCCUUCCGGAAAUAGAGAUAGGUGUAGACUCUCUUAAAAUCUUUUUACUCCACACAAUCUCUCCAAGUGUUUAGAGUACAUUCUUCAAUCGCAGAAAAUGUAGAAAACUUCCUUCGAACUUUUGCUUGAACUGAGGAACGAUUAUAACAAAACUGCGCAACUGAUUGCUCACGAGCAGCAGUCUCGGAAGUUCCCCCCACUACAGUCCUCAAAUUGACUCACUCGAGUCAUGGCAGGAAGACUAUUGGUCGGAACUAUAGUGGGCGUAACCCAAGAAAGGAAGUUCGAGGUGCUUCUGUUCGUGAGCAAUUAUUGCGUAGCUCUGGAUAAAAAAAAUCAUUUGGCUGCUCAAUGUUAUUAAGGGGUUAUUGCCACCAUAUGUUUUUUCAUCUAAACCUG